AUGGCAGCUCCAAUUUUCCAUUCUUAUUUUUUCCCGGACGAUCUGUCUAGUCUUCAGCCUGUUUCAGGCGACCUCACUCUCUUACAGAAACCUUUUUGUUUUACAGGAUAUCUAGCGGUUGGGCCUCAACCAGUCCUCUAUGCGCUCUAUUGUUCAGACACCCGCCUCGAGGCUCUCAAGUCGCAUGUCAAAGUCAUAGCUCAUGUGUUGCCGAUCAAUCCUCACAAUUCCCUAUGGGAACCGUGCAUGGAGGUACCUAUAUUCGCCAAGAAUCUUUAUUCGCCCGAUGACCCGCCCAUGAACGUGGACUUGAAUGCCCUCUGGUCAAGGCCGAGCAAUGAUGGUACCCUUCUACACGUGUAUACAUGGCCUUUGUCGGGCAAUGAGCAUAACACUGUUAUCGUUGAAGCUCUAUUUCCAUUUGGACACCAACCCCGCCCUGAAGCUUAUCUCGAGUUUGAUAGUAAUGCUCUCGCAGAAAUGUCGAACAUGCUGGAGUCGUAUCACGGAGGUUCAGUUGUCCCAGAUUCUUCCAGGGGCUCAUCAAUUGUUCCAGACUCUUCAGUGGCCUCAUCGGUUGUGCCAGACUCUUCCAGGCUCUCGCCUAUCACAUGCAGUCACGAUGAUACCCAACCAAAGGACACUAACGUCCAGGCUGACACGAAUAGCUUGGGUGAUAUCCAGCGCAAGUAUCCGCAAUGGAAAACCGUUUUAGUUCAUUUGCGGAUUCUCAUGAGAGUCGCUAUAUCGUGCGGGGAGUACGGGAACCCGUUCUUACUCGCCCCAACAACUGGUGCAAGUCAGAAAGCUCUUUUCAUCGCCGAUCUCUUCAAUCGAAGCCUGGCUGAAGUCGGAGAAACUCGCACAACCAUGUGCCCCGUGAGGUCGGCUGAUGAUGCGUUUGAAGUGACAGAAGAAGCUAUAUUGGCGAUGGCCAGUAAAUGGGUGUCGACAUUGAUUUCCGACAUCAAACGUUUAGCAAAAAUCGCAAUCUCAGAUCCUCGACCAUCCCUAGGCUUUGCCCUCGCAGAACUGUGCCCCCGGGCACUACUCAUUGAGAGAUGCGUGGCCCUGCUGCAACACUUCCUGCGUCCAGAUUCGGGUCGUUUGCCAAUUGCGGACAAUGGCCUUGCAUGGUUUAUCAGGAAGGAGAUCGCGAAAUCUCUCGUUUUUCAUCUCGUAUUCCGGCGUAGCGUAUCGGCCUACAUACCGAUUGUAAUGGCUGAUUUUGCGCCGGACAUCUUCAGGAACGUUCCACACCCGCCCGCAGAGACAUUAGCGUUUGUGGGGGCCUCCUGUUAUAGCGCCAUUAUCCAAUGGUUAGCGGAUAUUUUAAAGAUGAUGUCAGACCAGGGGGAGUUCCCAGCUAUCGACCUAUCAGUAUAUCCGCCGGUCAGUGAUAUAUAUGAUGAACUCCUUCAGGCGGUUGCUCUCCUAUUGGCACAGAAAGACGACCCAGAACACCCAGCAUUCGUGAACCGCUUGGCGAGCUUUUGUAACAUCCUGAAUUGUGAGACCGCUACAGUUGCACAGCCACCGCUGACCAAAGCCGUUGAUCGGCUUGCAGACCGCUAUCCCAUAGCCGCUGCCAAACCUUCUUGUAUUAGUUCAUCGUGUCCUCCUCCCCUCACCACUCCUUCGACAAAACACAUUCUUGAGAUCGAACACACCGAGAAUGCCCUCAAGUCUUGGCUCCAGAAAUGGGGACGCGAAAUUCUUCCAGAUUCCCUCUUCGUCACGGUUUCCGUGCUAUUUGCAUGGGUCAACCCCCUUGACCUCAUAGCUGUCCUACAAGUGAGCCUCAGAGUGGUUGCAAUGGAAGAACUCUUCCAGCAAGAAGAGCUCACUUGCGUUUCAUUCCUUCUGCAAGGAGGGCGAUGCUACAUGGAGGAGAGGAUGUAUCGUGCUCAGAUGGAAGUCACUUUGUUCAACAAAGCUAUUGCGAACUUGUGCGAAGAGUUUAAUACGAAAUGUCGCCCAUCUCCAGCACCCCUGCCAAAGUACACUAGCACUAUAAGUGCAUGCCAAACACCUCGCUCGGACGAAUUUGAAGGCUUUUGGCUUCCAACUGCUGCGCAUCUCAAAUGCCAGCAAUGGCUUUCCACGUCAUCGGAAUUUGUGGAUUUCCCGCAAAUUCAAGAAAUUCCCCAGCUUUACGAAAACGUCUUAAGGCCCAAUGAUCGAUUUCUUUCGCUUCCUUUCUUGAUGAAGUCUUGGGUUGAUAACGUCACAUAUCGCGCCUACAUCAGCACAUCCUCUGCCGACUGUGCAGACACCAAGCUCCUAGGUAUUGGCAUUGGCGAUAGCCUUAAAGCAAAGAAUGAAAAAACCCCGGACGUCCUAAAAUCUGAUUUCCACAUCUUAGAGUUGAAGAAACAUCGCGCACAAGCCGAAGUGGAGAUGUUUUCUGAAGCCAUAUCACGCACUACGGGGCCCCGGUUGACUGAGAAUGGCAUGUGCUCAUCUCAUGGCUCUGACGGGACAUAUGAAUCAUGUCUACCUGACAAUUCUUUUGAUGAUUGGUUUGAUGGUUGGUUUGAUGGGUUUUCGAUGUCAUCUGGAUCUUCCAAUGCCUCUGCGCUCUAUUGA